UAGGGAUGCUGGUGGUGAAAAUCGGGGGCCCCGUUUACCGCAUUGGGGUUGGGGGGGGAGCAGCCUCCUCUGUGCAGGUUCAGGGUCAGGGGUCCCAGGAUCGGGACCUCAGUGCAGUACAAAGAGGGGACCCAGAGAUGGAGCAGAAGAUGAACCGAGUCCUGCGGGGCUGCAUUGAGAGUGUGGGGCAGGAUGUGGGGCAGAACCCAAUCUGCAGCAUCCAUGACCAGGGAGCAGGGGGCAAUGGCAAUGUCCUCAAGGAGAUCAGUGACCCUGCAGGAGCCAUUAUCUAUGCCAGUCGCUUUGAGUUAGGGGACCCCAGCAUCAGCAUCCUGGAGCUAUGGGGCGCUGAGUACCAGGAGUCCAACGCGGUCCUGGUCCGACCCCAAUCUAUGGGGCGGCUCAAGCGCCUGGCACAGAGGGAGAGAUGCCCUAUAAGUGUGGUGGGGAACAUCACUGGGGACGGGAAGAUCGUCCUCGUCGAUGACCUCUUGACCCCGGUGCCCGAGGGGGGGUCACAUGAGGGGCUCCCGACCCCCGUGAACCUUGACCUGCAGUGGGUGCUGGGCAAGAUGCCCCAGAAGGAGUUCAUUGUCCAGAGCCCCUCCCCCCUCCUGCGCCCCCUGGAGCUGCCUCCAUCACUGACUGUACUGGAGGCUCUGGGGCUGGUGCUGAGGCUGCCGGCGGUGGGGAGCAAACGGUACCUGACCAGCAAGGUUGACCGCUCAGUGACAGGGCUGGUAGCCCAGCAGCAGUGUGUGGGUCCCCUGCACACCCCCCUGGCUGACGUUGCGGUUGUAGCUCUGUCCCACCUGGAUACAGUCGGAGCAGCCACAGCUCUAGGGGAACAGCCGAUCAAGGGACUCCUGGACCCUGGUGCUGGAGCCAGGAUGGCUCUGACUGAAGCUCUGACCAACCUGGUGUUUGCCAGAGUCACUGACCUCAGGGACGUGAAGUGCUCUGGUAACUGGAUGUGGGGCUCCAAGUGCGGCCCCGAGGGGGGAGCUCUGGUCAGAGCCUGUCAGGCUCUAGUGCAGCUGCUGCAGGGCCUGGGGGUGGCCAUCGAUGGGGGCAAGGACUCACUCAGCAUGGCAGCCAGGGUGGGCAAUGACACCGUCAUGGCGCCCGGCACCCUGGUGAUCUCAGCCUAUGCCGUGUGUCCGGAUAUCACAGCCACCGUGACCCCUGACCUCAAGUGUCCUGAGGGCAAAGGGGCCCUGCUGUGGGUGCCGCUGUCUCCAGGCAGGCAUCGCUUGGGCGGCUCUGCCCUGGCCCAGGUCUUCUCCCAGCUGGGUGAGGACCCCCCUGACCUCGAGGACCCCAAGAACCUGGAUGGGGCAUUUAGGGUCACCCAGAGCCUGAUCCAAGAACGAGCCCUCAGCGCAGGACAUGAUGUCAGUGAUGGAGGUUUGAUCACGUGUGUGCUGGAAAUGGGGUUUGCUGGGAACUGUGGCCUCCAACUGGAGCUGGACACUGGGGACCCCUCAGACUCACCCCUAUCACUGCUGUUUGCUGAGGAGCCAGGGCUGGUCCUUGAGGUCCCUAUGGGGUCUGUGCCUCACAUCUGCCAACGGUACCGGGAUCGGGGCCUGAGCUGCAUCCCUAUAGGGCACAGCGGCCCCUAUGGGCCUGAUGCUGAGGUCGAGGUCCGUGUGCAGGGCUCCCUGCUGCUCCGAGCCCCUAUAGGGUCCCUGCGGUCGCUAUGGGAACAAACCAGCUUCCGGCUGGAGCGGGAGCAGGUGACCCCACAGUGUGUGGGGCAGGAGGAGCAGGACACCCCCCACCGACGGGGACCCCAAUACAGGCUGACCUUUGACCCCCGGGAGGAGCCCCCCCUGCUGCGGAACAUGGAGCUCCCAGGGCCGCGUGUGGCUGUGCUGCGGGAGGAGGGCAGCAAUGGGGACAGGGAGAUGGCAGCAGCUUUCCUGAUGGCAGGAUUCCAGGUGUGGGACGUGACCACCCAGGACCUGUGCUCAGGCUCCAUCAGCCUCGAUGGCUUCCGGGGCCUGGUGUUCGUUGGGGGGUUCAGCUAUGGGGACGUCCUGGGCUCGGCCAAGGGCUGGGCAGCCGCCAUCCGGUUCCACCCCCGCGCUCGGGCAGCCUUGGAACGGUUCCGGCAGCGUCCGGACACCUUCAGCCUGGGGGUCUGCAAUGGGUGUCAGCUGAUGGCUCUGCUGGGAUGGAUCGGACCACAGCAAGGUAGGGGGGGGUCCCCAGGGGAUCCCCCCUCGGUCGCCCUGACCCCAAACACAUCCGGACGCUUCGAGUCCAGAUUCGUGACAGUCAGAGUGGAACCAGGACCUGCAAUGAUGCUGAAGGGGAUGGAGGGAACAUGUAUGGGAGUGUGGGUGGCACAUGGGGAAGGCCGGUUCCAGUUCCGCUCCCCCUCCGCCCUCCCCUCGGCCCUGUCCUCAGGCCUGGUCCCAUUGCGCUACGUGGACGAUGUGGGUGACCCCACAGAGCGUUAUCCCAUGAACCCCAAUGGGUCCGGGGGGGCCGUGGCCGCGCUCUGCUCCCCCUGCGGCCGCCACCUGGGGCUGAUGCCGCACCCGGAGCGGGGGGUCCGGGUAUGGCAAUGGGCCUGGUGGCCUCCGCUAUGGGGCAGACCCACGGCCGCUAUGGGGCAGGAGGCCCCGUGGAUGAGGAUGUUCCAGAACGCGUGUGAGUGGUGCCUGAGGUGGCCACAUGGGGAGGAAUAGGGGGGAGACCCUAUGGGGGACACAUAGAUGGACCUAUAGAUGGACCUAUAGAUGACCCAUAGAUGGACCCAUAGAUGGACCCAUAGAUGGACCUAUAGAUGACCCAUAGAGGGACCCAUAGAUGGACCCAUAGAUGGACCCAUAGAGGGACCCAUAGAUGGACCCAUAGAGAGACCCAUAGAUGGACCCAUAGAUGGACCCAUAGAUGGACCCAUAGAUGGACACAUAGAUGGACCCAUAGAGGGACCCAUAGAUGGACCCAUAGGUGGACCCAUAGACGGACCCAUAGAUGGACCCAUAGAUGGACCCAAUGAAGGACCCAUAGAGGGACCCAUAGAUGGACCCAUAGAUGGACCCAUAGAUGGAGCCAUAGAGGGACCCAUAGAUGGACCCAUAGAGGGACCCAUAGAUGGACCCAUAGAGGGACCCAUAGACGGACCCAUUGAUGGACCCAUAGAUGGACCCAUAGAGGGACCCAUAGACGGACCCAUAGAGGGACCCAUAGAGAGACCGAUAGAUGGACCCAUAGAUGGACCCAUAGAGGGACCCAUAGAUGGACCCAUAGAUGGACUCAUAGAGGGACCCAUAGAGGGACCCAUAGAUGGACACAUAGAUGGACCCAUAGAGGGACCCAUAGAGAGACCGAUAGAUGGACCCAUAGAUGGACCCAUAGAGGGACACAUAGAGAGACCAAUAGAUGGACCCAUAGAUGGACCCAUAGAGGGACACAUAGAGAGACCAAUAGAUGGACCCAUAGAUGGACCCAUGGAUGAACCCAUAGACGGACCCAUAGAUGGACCCAUAGAUGGACCCAUAGAUGAACCCAUAGAGGGACCCAUAGAUGGACACAUAGAUGGACCCAUAGAUGGACCCAUAGAGGGACCCAUAGAUGGACCCAUAGAUGGACCCAUAGAUGGACCCAUAGAGGGACCCAUAGAGGGACCCAUAGAUGGACCCAUAGAUGGACCCAUAGAUGGACCCAUAGAUGAACCCAUAGAGGGACCCAUAGAUGGACCUGCCCCAUUGAUCUCCCCCCCUCCCCAGCGCUGACCAAUGGCAAUGAGCUCAUCUCCCCUCUCGACCAAUCAGAAGUCAGGAUGUUGGGGGCGGGUCCUAUAAUAAAGGUCUGGAUGAAGCCGA